GCUUUGUUCAUUUUGAUAUGGAUGGUGAACGGUUCAAGUAUCCUAAGACCGUCAAGUUUAAUGCGGAAACUGUUUACAAGAUCACCAUACGAGUACAGCCUCAUGAAAAUAUAAGCAAUGUAAGCUUGAGUGGAGUCAAUGUUGAUGGACAAUCAACUAAAGAGGAAUCCAGCUCUUCUUUUUCUGGUGUAUGGUCAUCUGGUAACAUCCAAAAGACUAAAAAUAAUGCUCGAACAGUUAUACCUCUUAAAAUCCAGUUCGAGAAUGGUAGCAGUGUUCAGAUGUCAUUACAAUGUAAAUUUUACCCUUUAAAUGAAAAUGCCCACAAUGUUUGGGGAACGCCACUCAAAAACAUUGAAGUGAAAUGCAGCCACAAAAAAGAACUAAACAGUACUACAGUAGAUGAAAUAAAUUUCAGAUAGAGACACAUUUUAUUAAUGUGUUGUUUUGUGUGAUUCCUUAUUCAUUUUCUACUAAUUAAAUUCAUGUAUGCCACAAGACUAAACAUUUAAAUAAAUUUAUUAAUUAAGUACAUGUUUCUAUAAAUCAAUUAAUUUUUUAAAUACAUCAAUUAUUAAUUUCAGUCUUAUAAAUACAACAAGCAUGAAUAUCAACAUCACCUAUAGAAUACAAAAAAUGUACAUAGUACAAUAAAUAUUUUUUGUUCAUAA